GUAAUGGCUGCUUCCUGGAAGGCUGUGUGACGUGGAACCUCUUAGCCUUAACAUCCAUUCCAGAACUCCAGAAAAGGAAAAAUUUCAAGUCCGAUAGAAUUAUUAUAUAUAUAAACCAUUUCUUUGGAACCUUCAGCCCUCAAGAUCCCAACAUCAUGCCUACAGUUUCAAUACAAUUAAUCUUAGUCCUCACUUCACUGCUGUUGGUGUUGCCUGUUGUUGAAGUAGUGGAGGCUGGAGAUGCCAUCGCUCUGUUACUGGGUGUAGUUCUAAGCAUCACAGGCAUCUGUGCUUGCUUGGGGAUAUAUGCUCGAAAGAGAAAUGGACAGAAGUGACUUUGAAGGAUUUCCUGAAUCAAACCUUGCCAUAAAAACCUUUGUGCUGUUGAGACUAAACGUGAGCUUUGGUGUCUGAAAGUUUCUAAGAAACAGUAAAUAGUAGAGUUUCAUAUACUUGUUUCCCUUAAAAUGGGAACAAAUUGAUACAUAAAUGGGAAAAAAAAUGUUUUCUUUACAAGUUAUGCACUAAAUAUUUCCGCCUAUACUUUAUAUGUGCUGGUUAGAAGGAAGUGAGAUGGUUGAAAUUUACAUCAGUAAUUCAUAGUUUUAGGAUUUUCAAAAGCACGUGAGACAAGAAGGAAGCUUUUGCCCAGAAUCCAAGGAAAUCUCCACUGUUAAGUUACAGUCACUGCCUUCUGAAUUGUUAAGGAGUGUUUUCUCCUUAUUUUUAUUAUAUUUUUGUUUUAUCACUCAAGUUAAUAUGAUAUUUAGAUAUCACAUAGCCAACAUUGAAACAUUUAUCUCUGGGUAAAAAACAUUUAGAAAGAUGUAUUCAGUAUAUCUAAUAUUGAAAUAGAAAAAAGAUUUAAUGUAAAAAUAAAAUCCUUUAUAUUAACAUUGAAAUGGAGAAGAGCUCUAAUUUGAAAAAGAAAUAAACUUUAUAUUAAUUAACUGAUUAACAUACCUAUGAUGAGAAGUACUAUAUUAAAUAUAAGCCCAUUGUGUUG